AGACGUCUGAUGAUGAUGACAAGAUCGUUAAAAACGAAGAAUAUUAGUGUGAUUUCUGAAUUAGAUUAAAAUAAAAUAAGUACUUACCUACGUAAAAUCGUGCGAAUAUAGUUAAUUAUAACAAUAUAUUUCCUGUUUAUCUGUGGUGCUUCAUGUACACAAUUAUACAGUUUUGAAUUACGUACAAAAAUGAUGGACGGAAAUGAUAUAGCCUCUGAACCGAGUAGAAGAGGUAUCAUAUCUCAAGGAUGGACCAGAAUUUCCCAAAUAUAUCAAGGUCUCCUAGACAAAUGGACACCACACACUAAAAGCAGAUGGGUUGCUUCUAUAUUACUCUUAGCAAUAUUUGUUCUCAGAAUAUGUUUAAAACAAGGCUGGUAUAUAGUAACAUAUGCCUUAGGUAUAUAUCAUUUAAAUCUUUUUAUUGCAUUCCUAACACCAAAAAUUGAUCCUGCUAUGGAUUUUGAUGGUGAUGAUGAAAAUGGACCUGCACUCCCAACGAGAUCUACAGAAGAGUUUCGACCAUUCAUUCGAAGGCUACCUGAAUUUAAAUUUUGGCUAUCUGUUACGAAGAGCACAAUUAUAGGGUUUCUCUGCACAUUUAUAGAUGCAUUCAAUAUUCCAGUAUUCUGGCCUAUAUUAGUCAUGUACUUUAUUACAUUAUUCUGUAUAACGAUGAAGAGACAAAUAAAGCAUAUGAUUAAGUAUCGAUACUUACCAUUCACCCACAGCAAACCUAAAUACAGGACUGUGGACUCAACAGUAUCUGUAAACUGACGGCGUCUGUUAACCUACUUAUACAAUACCUAAAACAGUGUGAGAAAUAAAAUGAAUUAAAAAACUGUUGUAUGCAAUUGUUUUUAGAAAUACAGUUUUUAUUGUAAUGUU